UGCUCUUGAACCUGGAGUAAAUCCUUGUGGACUGGUUGCUCAGCUAUGCAGUAGAAAGAGAGGCGGAUUAGCUCAAACUGAGCGAAGCAUUUGACGUUUCCUCAUCAGCUGGCGGACCCUAUUCUCCAUUUCUUUUCACCUACACUUUCCUUCCUUCCUUCCCCUCUUUCUCAUCUCCUUUUCACCUCUUUCUCCCCCUUUUCUUCCAGCCAUGACCCUGUUAUCAGAGGACCAGUCUGUGAGUUCUCAGCCCUGCAGAAUCCCAGAGGCCGGUAAACACAUCACUUCUUCCCUGUACCCACAGACAGACUUCACCAAAGAAACCUUCAUGGAAAGUGGGGAAAGUGGUGUCUUUGGAGCCGUGGAGCCACACAGGCACUCCAGAGGACGCCUAAUUCUCCACGCCACGGUAAUGUUUGGACGGGAGUUCUGUUACGCCGUGGAGGCCGCCUUCGUCACGCCGGUGCUUCUGAGCGUGGGUCUUCCUCGGAGUUUGUACAGCUUGGUGUGGUUGAUCAGCCCCAUUUUGGGCUUCCUGCUGCAGCCCAUCAUCGGCAGCGCAAGCGACUACUGCCGCUCGUCGUGGGGCCGCCGGAGGCCGUACAUCCUGGCUCUGGGGGUCCUGAUGCUGGUGGGACUCACUCUGUUCCUCAAUGGAGACGCUGUGGUCUCAGAAUUAGUCACGGAACAGUCGUUGAAGAGCACCUGGGCCAUCGUCAUCGUGAUGCUGGGAGUCGUUCUGUUCGACUUCGCCGCAGAUUUCAUCGACGGACCCAUCAAAGCGUACCUGUUCGAUGUGUGCUCUCAUUCAGACAAAGAGAGAGGGCUUCACUACCACGCUCUACUCACAG